AUGGGUCAAGUCAACACCACGCCGAACAAUACAGGCUCAGCCAGCAGAUCAGACUCGGGAUGCGCACUCAAGCGACAAUCUGGAAACGCACCAUCUUACAAGGACUUUGAGGAGCAAUGGCGCAUGUGUCCUUGUGCCCACUCGCGAUACUUCGUCCGCAAGAUACGUCGAGAUGACUGGACGUGGCAUCAAUACGCCUUAAAUUUUGGUUACGUUCCAGGCUCCGUACUUCGUCAGGAGCCACUGGUCCUCUUUACCUGUAAAUCCCAACCACAAAGACCAGGACGUGGCGGCGAAAAGAUCGACUCCAAGUGCAGAUCCAUCGUUAAGGUGCUGAUCAAGCAUAGGGGCUCAAGAGGCUGCAGCUGCGAUUUCGAGUACAUCAAGACUGGGCAUACUCCAUCGAAGAGCUCCAAUAUGUGUGAGAAGAGGAGCAAGCGCGUGCUCAGAGCCAUGAACAAACACGACAAGAUAUGCACAUGUGGCGCAUUCGACUUCGCGAUUCGGCCAAAGACGCCUUCUUCGACAACCUCUAAAGAGUCUAGUACUUAUGCUGUGGCUUCGCCCGACCAGGUGUCUGAUGAAGACUGCGACCUCUUCGAAGGUCUGCCACGCAAGCUCUGA